AUGUCUUCACCCAUCAGUCCUGUCGAAAGUAACUCCAAACGCGCGAAGCUCGAACAUGAUGUCAACGAGGGUCGAAUACCCGUCAAGAUCGAGGAGGAUGAGAUGGUCAUAGACGUGGACGCAUACGACGUAGAACCUGAGGAGGAUCAUUGCACUAUCUGCUUGCAAGCAUUCGUCGACCGUACUGUCAUACCCAUUUGCUCUCACGAGUUCUGCUUUGAAUGCUUAAUGGUGUGGACUGGUCAGUCGCGGAAAUGUCCUCUUUGCGCGCAAAGUAUUGGCGAAUACGUGAUACACCACAUACGCUCCAACAAUGAUUAUUCCAAGCACUAUCUGCCUGCGCUUCCAACAUCUCCGCGUCCCCAAGCACAAGCGAAUCGCAGCGGCGUGCGACGAGCGCGUAUACCACGUCGCGACCGUGUCUGGGGACGACGAGGUGCUGCGUCUGCGGAUUUGGAGGAGGCAGACGCCCUUGCGCAGGCGGUUGCUCGAAGGCGAUGGGUUUACACCCAUAACUUGUACGCCAAGCAUGUCGCAUCGAAUAUGCACACGCGCUAUCGGCCGUACCCGACGCCCUCGCAGUUCUCUGCUUCACCCGACAUGAUUAGCAAGGCGACGAUCUUUCUUCGACGCGAGCUGCAAGUCUGGCCAAACUUGGACGUCGAGUUCUUAGUGACAUUCGUGCUCUCCCUCAUGAAGUCGAUCGACAUUCGAGCCGAGAGUGCCGUCAAGCUCAUUGCCGAGUUCCUUGACAUGGACAAGCCAUAUUCGCCGGGCGGACGAUAUGUCAAUGCCGAGCAUUUCACGCAUGAGAUAUACUCAUUUAUGCGCUCGCCUUUCAAGGAGCUAGCGCGUUACGACGAAUCGGUGCAGUAUGACAUACCCGAAGGUUUGCCUGGCCCAUCCGCACAUGAAGUUGGUCGUAGAUGGGGAUUAGAUGAGCAUGACGAGCAUCUACCGUCUCCCAUAGAGGCACAUUCACCACCUCCGGUACUUGCGACUCAACGUUCGGGCCGCCGUUCACCAAGCCGCAACCGAUCCCCGGAUGAGUCUCCUCGGGAUCUAUGGCGCGAGGACAGCGUACCUCCGCGUCGAGCAUCAGCACCUCCUUCACCGCCCCUUCGCCAGGCUCAUCGGCCGUACAAGAAUGAUGGUCGCCGCGACAAGGGCAAGGGUAAAGAACACGUACGCACGAGCCCUAACGCCCGCGUACAUUCACGUUCCGAGCAAAAGCGCACAUCUCGUACUCUACCACCGAAUGCUCGCCCAACAGCUCAAAUCCCCGUUGAGAGCCCCAGAACGCCGUACACGCCCUCGUCACGGCUGCACACCCUCAGCCCAAGCCGGACGUAUGAACCUUCUAGCCCGAGGACAUCAGAUACUCCCGCUCUGCGCUCCGCUACAGCCGAGGUUGAUCUAAUAGACUUCCGCGGGUCCCCGCGAUCCCUUCCCGCGCGCGGAACCCAAUCAGUUCCCUCACGACCUGUCCUUACACUCUCCAUCAAAGGUGCCGCUGAGAGAUUGCAGCGCUCUUCGCGCGAACAAACCCAAGUCUCCUCGGCACACAGUCAUCUCGGCAACGCGGCGGGCACGACUUCGUCUGUCACAGCAGCGGAGGCUCCCAAUACAGAGUUGGCGUCUGAGUUGGACGAUCCACCCACUCUCCUUGCCCGACUCUCAGAUGUGCCUUACGAACCUCCCAAGGAUGCUGCGAACGUCGAACUGGGCGCCGCAACACGAGGUCAUGACGUGUUGGGAGCAGCUCAAAGCGCCCCUGCUGAGGGUGCGGCGCACGGCGGCCGCCUACCCCUAGACGCCGCGCGCGGCAGUGGCAGCGCAUCGAGGACAAACGAAGCGCGGCGCAUGCUUCUCUUGGAGAAGCUCGAGGCCGAGCGGCGUGCAAAUGGGGGCAGUGCGCGUGCACUACGUGCGGUCACCAUGCCAGCCCCGCAAGAAGCAGAGAUAUCUCCUGGCGCUUCGACUCCGGCGCCUCUUCCGGCUCUGACGUUCACACAAGGCUCAACUCCGUCGUAUCCAGGGCCGGCGUCGGAUAAUAAUGCGCAGGUGGCGGUGGAGGACGACCCGACCCGCGCCGAGGCAAGGGCGCGUAUGCGAGUGCGUCUUGCCGCAGAGCGCAUGCGGGCUGAGGCCAACGCGCGCGAGGAGAUGCUGCGUGCCGCGCUGCGAAGCCGCGUAUAG